AUGACUGUCCAAAAUUUGGAUACCUUAGACGCUAAAAACGGUGAAACUAUGCAAAAUAUUAGCGACAAAGCAACUAACGAUGCUCAGUCGGCUAAAAACGGACAUAUUAGUUUUAGUGUAGCUUCCCUCUUGGCCGACACGAGGCCCUCCAAGUCAGUGUCGCCUAAUUCCUCCACCAUCCCGUCAUCCAGCCCGACGCAUCACUCUUCCGACGAUGAAUACGACUCCAACCAAGAAGACUCCAUAGUGGACGUUGAAGAUCUAAACGCAGAGAGCAAAACAGAAGACUCUCCGUCGAAAGAGAGCGAUUAUCUCUCUCAAAGAGACACCCGCGAAAGAGACUUUUCCAAAGAUUCGCUACUGAGCCAAGGUCCCAUCCGGCCGACGCCUUUUUCGGCUCUUGCGGCAGCCGUGUACCAGGCCGCGCAUCCUAACUGGUCCCAUCAAGGACUGGUGAACCCGUUCGGAGGACCGGGGCCCAUGUUCCAAGGCGCCGCACCUUUCGGGGUUCCCAACAUGAACUCAGGUAGGGCGGUGUCACAUACGAUACCACAGUACAAUUCCCGUUAUAAUUUUGAAUAUGGAAGUAAAUGGCUUUUAAAAAGCAAAGCGUUGACUCAGGAAGAGUUAGAAGAAAUUGUGCAUGCUUAUGAGGCUGGUAAGAGUGAUCAAGAUGUCCCUUUAAAUAAUACAGAAUCUGAAUGUUUGAAUGAGGAUGAAGACGAAGAACUUGGUGAAAGUGAAUAUUCUACCUUGUUAGCAGAACCAAAGGUUAGUGAAGACGAGACUGAAGACUCAUAG